UGAGGCAGCGUUUGGAGCCGGCUAGGGAGAUUCAGUAAGGGCAGACAAAAGGAAAAAACAUGGUGAACACAAGGAAAAGCUCACGGCCGGGGAGCGGCCCCUUCAUCUCCUCGAGGACUAGGUCGUCGUCGAGAAACGAGCGAAACUCUGAGGAACAUAAGGAGCCCAGUAGUGAUGUGAGCAGCCCCAGCAGUCCGCGCUUGCCUCCCCCUUCUAAGCGAACACGCCGGCAGACUGCCUCAGAGCCCAGCUCCAGUGAUACCUCCCCGUCCCCUCAGACAAAGGGCCAGAGGGUCACCUGGGGCAUUCCCACCUACCGCACCAGGUUGUCCUCUCGCAUAAUGCAAAAUGGUCAUGGCCAUAUGAGUCACCCGAAUGAGGAGAGUGGAGGGGGAGAUCACUCUCACAUGAAUGGCCAUGUGGAGCUGAAGAGGAGCUGCCGGGUGAGGAAGAGCCAAUUUGAACACCUCAAUCAGAGCCUGCUGUUUGACCAACUGGUCAACAGCACUGCUGAGGCUGUCCUUCAGGAGAUGGACAACAUCAGCAGCAUCAGACAGAACCGUGAGGUGGAGCGACUUCGCAUGUGGACUGGAGACACUGAGGAGGAAAACAUGGACAUGUAUUCCCGAGUGAAACGCAGGAAAUCCAUGCGCAGGAGCACUUUCAGCAUGCCUACACACCACAAAGUCAUGAGCAAAACUGAGCAGGAGGAGGAAGAAGAGGAAGGGACGGAAGAUUCUCACGGUGAGGAAGAGGAGGAUGAUGCAGAGGAUGAUGAUGAAGAUGAUGAAGGGGAUGAAGUGGAAGAGGUUGGAGAGGAAAAUGACAGACCGUAUAACCUGAGGCAGCGAAAGACUGUACAGAGAUAUGAGGCACCACCUAUUGAGCCUGUGAACAGAAAACAGAGCAACCCCUCACUUUUUGACACCCACAGAUCCCCAGCAAGAAGAAGCCAUAUAAGAGUGAAGAAACAUGCCAUUCACAGCAGUGACACCACCUCGUCUUCUGAUGAAGAGCGGUUUGAGCGGAGAAAAAGCAAGAGCAUGGCCCGGGCUAGGAACAGGUGUUUGCCUAUGAACCUAACUGCAGAAGACCUGGCGAGUGGGGUGCUGCGUGAUCGGGUGAAAGUGGGUGCCAGCUUAGCUGAUGUGGAUCCCAUGAACCUUGAUAGCUCUGUGAGAUUUGACAGUGUGGGUGGCCUCAGUAAUCACAUUCAAUCACUGAAGGAGAUGGUGGUGUUCCCACUGCUUUACCCUGAGAUCUUUGAGAAGUUUAAGAUUCAGCCUCCCAGAGGGUGUUUGUUCUAUGGCCCUCCAGGGACAGGAAAGACCCUGGUAGCACGGGCGCUUGCCAAUGAGUGUAGCCACGGAGACAGGAAGGUUUCCUUCUUCAUGAGGAAAGGAGCCGACUGCCUCAGCAAGUGGGUCGGUGAAUCAGAACGCCAGCUACGCCUGCUUUUUGACCAGGCUUACCUGAUGAGGCCAUCCAUUAUUUUCUUUGAUGAGAUUGAUGGUUUGGCUCCUGUUCGCUCCAGCAGACAAGACCAGAUACACAGUUCUAUUGUGUCCACUCUGCUGGCCUUGAUGGACGGCUUGGACAGUCGUGGGGAGAUAGUGGUCAUUGGUGCUACAAACAGACUUGACUCUAUCGACCCGGCACUCAGGAGGCCUGGACGCUUUGACCGGGAGUUUCUGUUCAGCCUGCCCGACAAGAAGGCCAGAAAGCACAUCUUGGAGAUUCACACACGGGACUGGAAUCCCAAAUUGGCUGAGCCAUUUGUAGAUGAACUUGCAGAAAAAUGUGUCGGCUACUGCGGUGCUGACAUCAAAGCACUUUGCACAGAGGCAGCCUUGGUGGCGUUGCGCCGCCGCUACCCCCAGAUCUACGGCAGCAGUGUCAAACUGAAGCUGGAUGUCACCUCCAUUGUCCUGGGGCCUGGUGACUUCAGCAAGGCCAUGAGGACAAUCGUCCCAGCCUCCCAGAGGGCCCUUGCUCCCCCGGGCCGAGCCCUGUCCCCCACCCUCAGGCCCCUGCUGGCCAGCUCUUUCUCCUUGGUGCUGAAAGCUCUGCUCCGAGUCUUCCCCCAUGCUCAGUGUACUGACAGGGACAACACACAUGGCGGUGACAAUCAACUGCUCGAAGAGGACUUGUAUAGCGACGAUGACAAUGAGGAAGGCUCUGCUUCCAUUUAUGAAGUCCAGCCUGCUGCAUCCCCAAAGAGUCAGCUCUCCUCUUCUGCAACGCACAGACCCUUCCUCCAUUUCUCCUCCUCUGCUCUCCAACAGCCCACAGCAUACCGGCCUCGUCUGCUCCUGGCCGGGGCCCCAGGCUCAGGACAGAGCUCCCACUUGGCCCCUGCCUUGCUGCACCAUCUGGACAAGCUGCCAGUGCACCUCCUGGAUUUGCCCACUCUCUACUCCGUCAGCGCUAAGACGCCAGAGGAGUCCUGUGCUCAGGUUUUCCGUGAGGCACGCCGGAGCGUGCCCAGUGUGGUAUUCAUGCCACAUGUCUCAGAGUGGUGGGAGACAGUGAGUGACACUGUGAAGAGCACCUUCCUCACCUUGCUGCAGGAUGUACCCUCUUUCAGCCCUGUCCUUAUCCUUGCUACUGCCGAGAGUCACUAUUCACAGCUGUCAGAUGAGGUGAGAAGUAUGUUCCAGAGGACCUAUGGGGAGGUGGUGACGCUGUGCCCUCCAGGAGAAGAGGACAGAAGGAGCUUCUUCUCUGACCUCCUGCUGGUCCAAGCAGCCAGGGCUCCACCCCGCCUCAGGAAUACAGACAUGUGUAAAGAGGUACUACCAGUGGCAGAGGCUCCAGGCCCCAGAGUCCUGUCAGCAGAGGAACAGCGCCGCCUGGCUGAACAGGAGGAGAACACACUACGGGAGCUCAGGCUCUUUCUCAGGGACGUGACCAAGCGUCUGGCCACUGACAAGCGUUUUAACAUCUUCAGCAAGCCAGUUGACAUUGAGGAGGUGUCAGACUACCUGGAAGUUAUUCGGCAGCCUAUGGACCUGUCCACUGUCAUGACCAAGAUUGACACCUACCAGUAUCUGACAGUAAAGGACUUCCUGGUGGACAUCGACCUCAUCUGCAGUAAUGCUUUAGAAUACAAUCCUGACAAGGACCCUGGAGACAAAGUGAUUAGGCACCGAGCAUGCAGCUUAAAGGACACAGCCCAUGCUAUAUUUGCUGCCGAGCUGGACCCCGAGUUCGACCGCAUGUGUGAAGAGAUCAAGGAGGCACGCAGGAAAAGGGACCUCCAGACGCCAGCUCAGCCGACGCCAGUGCUGGGUGCUGUGGCAACCAGAAAGCACCACACUGCUGGAGAGGAGCAGGCCAGGAGCAGCACUCAAGGGGAGGCCACUUACAAACAGUGCACCACUAAUCACAUAAAGCGGAAGAUUCGCCGGAGGCCAUCUUGGGGGCGGGGCAUCAUCCGUAAGAAGAAGAACUACAAGAAAGGAACAGAAGAGGAGGAGGAGGAGCCUGAGGCAGAGGUGGAAGCAGCGGGGCCCAGCGACUCGUGUUUGACGCAGGAUGAGGAAUCAUCUUGUGAUACCAUGGGGCCCCAGCCCAAUGGCCAUCAUCCCCAUGUCCCCUCUACUGAGGAGGAGAGCUCCAAUGAGCCCCCUGUUGCAGCUCCCGCUGAACCCCCAGAUGCCAGUGAAGCCCAAGAAGACGCAACACUUAAGGAAGAGGUGUCCACAGCCAAAGAGGCAGAGUCGGAGAACACGGAGAAACACAGUGAGCUGCACUGCCUUGAUGACAGUUCUCAGCCCAGGGCAGACGGGGAGAGCCAGGACAAGCAGGCUGACUUCCAGCCUUUAAAUGAAGCGUCUGAGUCUUCAGAUGCUGAGGCCCAGCCUAAGCACACAGGGGGUCUCCUAGUGUCACAAGUUGACUGUGUGAAUGGAAACGAGUCAAUGGACAGCCUGGACUCACAGAGCCUCAAGAGGAGCAGUGAGGCUGAGAAAAUGACUCCUCAGAGCACGGCGGAGGGCUCUAAUAAUAAUCCAGAUCAGGAAGAGCACAAAGACAAAAAUGAGAGCAAACCAACUCAGGAGCUCCCUCCCCAGGAUGGGAGGGCAGUAACAGAAAAUGUUGAUGAAGAUCAAGAUAAAGAAGGGGGUUCCAAAGCCAGGAAAUGCAAGAAGAGCCUGUCAGAGCAGCUGAAGGGAUCUGCCGAGAGGACAGAAGAAGAGCCACAGCCAGUCCCUCCCCAUCCUCCAGUAGUGGUUGACCACCAGCGACUUUUGGCUCUACUGGAUAUGGUGGUGAAGAAGAGUGAAGGCUACAGCGUAGAGCAGCUGGAGAGACUGUACUCCCUUCUCAGCCAGUGUAUCUACCAGCACCGCAGAGAGUACGAAAAGACCCAGCUACUGGAGGAGAUGGAGGAGAGAAUCCAGCAUUUUGAUACAUUCCUGUGAGAUGGAGAGAAAACCUUUCAGGUCGAUCCUGAACAGCCCGGGACCACAAAGACACACACAGACUGAGCGAGAGAGAGAGAGCGAAGGAGCUUCUGAGUCGAGCCCUCAACACAGAAACACACACAGAGGAAAUCCGGCGCCCCUCCCGUCGCUGGGAGGGAACACGACAAGGUUGAGGACAGAGACAUUCAAUGGUGCUAUUGUCUCAGGAACCUGGCCAGAUCCAGACCCAUUCUACACAACCAAACUCCUGGAGGUGUGUCAGUCACACACACGCACGCACGCACACACCAACUGUGACGGGCAACCCUGGUGCUACUCGGGUGCUAUCCUAACUUUUGUCCAUGCUGCUCUUGGGAUUACUUCUUAACUUGGAUGACUAGCAAAACCAACAGAUCGGGUGAUGUCACAUCGCAGCCUGGCCGCUUCCACCCCCGGAGCGGGCCGUGCAUACACACUCACACGCCCUGACACUUGGGUAUGUAUGUAUUUCUACAGACACACACCAGAAAUGCACACACACGCACUCGCUCAGAUCCUCACCAGCAGAAGUGUGAAUGCAGAGUGCCGCCAGGAGAUGAGGACAGAUAAUGUUGUGAAUCGGUUAACCACGCCGCUGAGCCCUCGAGUGGGACGCUUCGUCGCUGGCCAGUUGUCGCCUCGCUAUCAAGCAGCUCAUUUCUUCUGCCAUUUCAGCUACUUGAUUAGUUCAACAUCUGAGCCGCCACCACCCAUAACAAUAGUUUACAAAGAAGUUCUAGUAGGAACACAAACUGGUCAGCACAGCAGGACUAGAAGCAAGUUUGUCCUCUUUCUAACAGUGCUCAUCAGGUGCUGUAGGCUGUUAGUCCCCUUGGUGUCCGUCUCAGAGUUACCGGUGAACGAGCUUAGCGUCGCCCGCACGUUAGCCGUGCAACCACCUCGCUCAUAGACCGCCUCAGGCAUCAGUCUUCGCAGACUGCCACGUCCUGAAUAGUUUGCGGUAGCUGAGCCCCCCUUCCUCACUGCAUUCACAGUCUGAAUGUUUUCCCUCACCACUCAAGCUGUGCCCGCCAGUUGAUUUUCCUACCGACACCCCGGCUGAGGAACUGGAAGCAGUACAAAUUGGAACGCGUCUAUAGAGUUUGCACUGCCUAGUGUGUGCCUUAUUUGAAACCUCAUCUGAAACUCUGAUAUAUUAAACAGGAUUUUUUAUUUACUUCUCGUGACAAUGAAAAGGCUCCAAGUUGGGGUGGGUCUUAACCACUGAGGUCACUGUGACCUUGAAGCAAAAAAGAAACAAAAAAAAAUUUCUCAAUGCCAUUAGGUUGUUUAAAAACAUAUCUCUGCUAUACAUCUCCAACCUUGGCCAAGUGACAACAUUAGAAAAUCAGCAGAAUACGAAAGGAGUUUUGGAUAACACUUACCUUCUGCAGCUGUGUCGGUGUCCGGCCAGAUAUGUCUCAAGCACUUGAAAUGUUUUUACCAUAUUUAAAUGUAUUCAUGCCCUGUUAAACCCAGACCUGUUGUGGAGGUCAGUCUCCACCUGAGCAGACAGCAGGUGUACGAAGAGGUUGACAACACCAGCUUUCCUUCAGUUUUUUUCAUAUGCAAAACAUAAUGAUGCGAGUCACGUGAUUUACUGUGCCAAGUGUUAUCCCACUCCCUCAAAAGGUGCUGACAUGACGGUGCCCGUUCACAGGAAUUCUGUUUCGACUAUGAAAAUGUUCUGUUAGAUGGUCAUGACAACCUAUGUAUUAUGUUGUGCAUUUGAUAAUUCUUUGUUUUUUUUAUACAAUGCUUUGCUUGAGUUGAGAUUGUUUUUGCAUGGGUUGUGAAUCCAUAAUGAACAAGGCCAUUCUAGGCAGUGCCCGUCACUAAGGUGUAUAAAGUAUCACAUGAUUUUUAUGUUUUAUUUUUCCUCCUUUCAGAAAUGUGUGUACCGACUCUGUGGGUUUGUUUCACUCUGUUUUUCUCCACAUCAGACGAGAGAAGCUGGAUUCCAAUCUGUGGCCAGCACAGUAGACAUUUUCUGACUGUAGUAAAUGAAGGUAUUUACUGAAGCUUUAUAAGGUUUUCAUGGCAUUUUCAUGGUUUGGGAGAUGCCAUGUUUUGAGCAGGUGUAGGCUGGAGAAGGCCCCUUCUCUCUCUCUCAAAGCACUCUUGUCCAAUCCUCAAACCUCUUGGUGCAACUCUGACCCCAGCUCACCUCUGCCUUUUCUCAAAUUCUAGGUGACAAAAGCAAAGACCAUAUGCAAACUGGCAAUGACAGGUUAGCACUUGGACUACUGCAGAGAGAAAAACCAACGCUACCUCAGCUUAAUUUAUUUUAAUGCGAAAACUGUUUACUGGGUACAAACACAGUAUUUUUCUUCCCCCCAAAAUACUGUUGCUACAUCUACAGUACCAUCUAAGGUACCAGAUCAGUGCAACGACGGCUGCUGCAGUAAUCCAAGAGUUGUUUAUAUCUCUCCGAUUGUUAUGUAUGUUUGCAUUUGAGCCAGAUGAUGAUUGCAUAAGUUCUAAGGAUAUUUCAUGGACUAUAUAUUUUAUGCUUUAGUUUCAGGUUAAUUUCUACUGUACCUUGACACUGGGGAGAUAAUCCUAGAUCUGCUCCUCUUUCAUAAUGUCACCCCAUACCUUGUUAGAAGCUAUAGAGAGCAUUCUCUGCCUCUUUACACACUCGCCUUUUUCUUCCAAAUCAAGUUUGUUUUUGCAGAUUUUCAUCUCAUGAUUCUGAUUAUUUAUUAUUAAACAUGUUUUACACCUAAUAUUCAGUAAAUUGUCUUUUUGUACGUUUGAAAUUUAACAAAUCGGGAAGCGUCACGUGUACGUUUGAACAAUGUUGCUGAAUUGCGUAGCGUUUGUGUAGCAGGUUUAUUUGGCGUGUGCGGGGGAAUAAAGGGUUUACAGGUCUCUCAGGUUCAACACGCGACAACAUGCCCUUUCAACGUUUCUAUUUAUUUCAUUGUUCUGGUGUUUUAUUCGUUAAAGUGGUUACAGACUGUGGCAUACUGGAAGAGACUAACAUUAGGAUGGAGGUGUUAUUUAAAGUGUCCGUCUAAUACGUCGCAGGAAGAGAAACAGGACCAGACUAACUUUUUAUUGUUUUUCACUUCGUCUCCACUUUCUGCCAAAAGAGUUAUUUUUUAUGAGUUUAAAAACGCGUAUGGAAACAAAAUAUGGGUAGUUAAAUGUCAUACAUUGUGAUAUUACUUUCUAAUUAUAUAUUGUAGCCAGUUUGGACUAACAACCAAUUUUUGUCUGGUAGUUGAGACUACUUAGUCCAGUAUGCAGAAGGAAAGGGUUUGUUCCAUCCUGAAUUACUUUGUUCUUCCCUGUUUUUCACAGUUAAUUUAGUCCAGACUUUCCAUAGCUUUGUCAAUUCUGUUCGUGUAUUUUAACACACCUGUUCGCAAUUGUUACGUUAGUGUAAGUUAUAUUUGAAAUGAAACAUUUACUGUAUUUCUCAAAUAAACUGCUGUGAUAUACUUGAAUAAAGGUUC